AGGAGCGGGGAGGGAAGACGAGGCGGCGGGGCGGGCUUUCGGGAGGUGCCUAGGUCUUCGCUUCCUGUUUACCGGAAGUUCUAAAUCCGGGUCAAGGGUGUUCCGCUCUUCUCCGCAACUGAUCCAGCAGCCCCCGUGACAGCGGCUCCUGAGUCAGCCCAGGGUCUGUGUCACCUGACGCCCUGCUGGAGUCCCGACGCCCACACCCGCCCUGGGAAGCAGACGCCGUUCCUGAACCUGCUGCCUCGCAGCCCGGGCUCUGAGCGCCCGUCGCCGCCGCCGGGAUAGAGGCGCCUGCUGGCCCUUCCGCUCUGAUGCCGCGAGGGACCGCGGGCCUGAGGCGGUGGCGAAGUGCGGGCCUCUGGCUGCUUAGGCCCGCCGCGGGCCGAGCCGGUUCUUGCUCGCCCCGGGCUUGCCGGUUCCUGCCCGGGCUUGGAUGGGUCCCCCUGCCCAGUAAAUGUGGCUGCUGAGCCGGCGGCGGCGGUGGUCGGUCCCGCUGCUGCUGCGCUCCGAAUUCCCCGCCGCCGUGUGCCUCUCCUGCCUCACGCCGGGGCCGUCGCCGCCUGCUCUUCAUCCCCCGGCCGUGGCCUUGCAGCGGAGCGACAAUGGACAAGAUCCUGGAGGGCUUGGUGAGUUCAUCGCACCCGCUGCCCCUAAAGCGGGUGAUAGUGCGGAAGGUGGUGGAAUCGGCGGAGCAUUGGCUAGACCAGGCUCAAUGCGAGGCCAUGUUCGACCUGACGACCCGGCUGAUCCUGGAGGGCCAGGACCCCUUUCAGCGGCAGGUGGGGCACCAAGUGCUGGAGGCCUAUGCGCGGUACCACCGACCAGAGUUUGAGUCCUUCUUCAACAAGACGUUCGUAUUGGGCCUUCUUCAGCAGGGCUACCACUCGCUGGACAGGCAGGACGUAGCCAUCCUGGACUACAUUCAUAAUGGUCUGAAACUGAUCAUUAGCUGCCCGUCGGUGCUGGACCUCUUCAGCCUGCUGCAGGUGGAGGUGCUGCGGAUGGUGUGUGAGAGGCCGGAGCCGCAGCUGUGUGCCCGCCUGAGCGACCUCCUGACCGAUUUCGUGCAAUGUAUCCCCAAGGGGAAAUUGUCGAUCACCUUCUGUCAACAGCUGGUUCGAACAAUAAGCCAUUUCCACUGCUUGUCCACCCAGGAGAAGGAGCUGCGGGAAUAUGUCUCUCAGGUGACAAAAGUGAGUAACUUGCUACAGAAUAUCUGGAAGGCUGAGCCCUCCACGCUCCUGCCUUCCCUGCAAGAAGUAUUUGCAAGCAUUUCUUCCACAGGUGCAUCAUUUGAACCUUCUGUAGCAUUGGCAAGCCUUGUACAGCAUAUUCCUCUUCAGAUGAUUACAGUUCUCAUCCGGAGCCUUACUACGGAUCCAAAUGUAAAAGAUGCAAGUAUGACCCAAGCACUUUGCAGAAUGAUUGACUGGCUCUCUUGGCCUUUGGCUCAGCAUGUGGAUACGUGGGUGAUUGCACUCCUGAAAGGACUGGCAGCUGUCCAGAAGUUUACCAUUUUGAUAGAUGUUACUUUACUGAAAAUAGAACUGGUUUUUAAUCGACUUUGGUUUCCUCUUGUGAGACCCGGUGCUCUUGCAGUUCUUUCUCACAUGCUGCUUAGUUUUCAGCAUUCUCCAGAGGCAUUCCAUUUGAUUGUUCCUCAUGUAGUUAAUUUGGUUCACUCCUUCAAAAGUGAUGGUCUGCCUUCCAGUACAGCCUUUUUAGUACAAUUAACAGAAUUGGUACACUGUAUGAUGUAUCAUUAUUCUGGAUUUCCAGAUCUCUAUGAACCUAUUCUGGAAGCAAUAAAGGAUUUUCCUAAGCCCAGUGAAGAGAAGAUUAAAUUGAUUUUCAGUCAAAGUGCCUGGACUUCUCAAUCCAAUUCCUUGGCAUCUUGCUUGUCUAGACUUUCUGGAAAGUCUGAAACUGGGAAAACUGGUCUUAUUAAUCUAGGAAAUACAUGUUAUAUGAACAGUGUUAUACAAGCAUUGUUUAUGGCCACAGAUUUCAGGAGACAAGUAUUAUCUUUAAAUCUAAAUGGUUGCAAUUCAUUAAUGAAAAAAUUACAGCAUCUUUUUGCCUUUUUGGCUCAUACACAGAGAGAAGCAUAUGCACCUCGAAUAUUCUUUGAGGCUUCCAGACCUCCAUGGUUUACCCCCAGAUCACAGCAAGACUGUUCUGAAUACCUCAGGUUUCUACUAGACAGGCUUCAUGAAGAAGAAAAGAUCUUCAACGUUCAUUCCUCACACAAGUCUGAAAGUCUGGGGUGCAGUGAAACUUCUUUACAGAAAGUAGCCAGUAAGGCGCCUGUAUUGGCAGAGACCCCUUGCACAAGUGGUCGUGAGAAGACUUUAAUAGAAAAAAUGUUUGGAGGAAAACUACGAACUCACAUAUGUUGUUUGAACUGCAGGAGUACCUCACAAAAAGUGGAAGCCUUUACCGAUCUUUCGCUUGCCUUUUGUCCUUCCUCUUCUUUGGAAAACUUGUCUUUUCAAGAUCCAGCAUCAUCAGUCAAUACACAGGAUGGCAACCUAAUGUGCACUAGUCUUGUGGGUCCUUUGGAAGAGCCAGGAGUUCAUGACCCAGCAGCAGCCACCUUUUCCUGUGGCUCGGCCGUGAGAGGGAGCAUGGUGAGCAGUCCUGAUGCUUUCUGCUGUGCUGAAGACACUUUGGUCCCUAAUGAAUCUAGCAAGAUUCUUGUUAAUAAAAAUGUACCUCAGAAACCAGGAGGUGAAACUACACCUUCAGUAACGGACUUACUAAAUUAUUUUUUGGCUCCAGAGAUUCUCACUGAUGACAACCAAUAUUAUUGUGAAAACUGUGCCUCUCUGCAGAAUGCUGAGAAAACUAUGCAAAUCACAGAGGAACCUGAAUACCUUAUUCUUACUCUCCUAAGAUUUUCAUAUGAUCAGAAGUAUCAUGUGAGAAGAAAAAUUUUAGACAAUGUGUCACUGCCACUGGUUUUGGAGUUGCCAGUUAAAAGAACUACUUCUUUCUCUUCACUAUCAGAAAGUUGGUCUAUAGAUGUUGACUUCACUGAUACUAGUGAGAACCUAGCUAAAAAAUUAAAGCCUUCUGGAACUGAGGAAGCUUGCUGCCCAAAACUGGUUCCCUAUCUGUUAAGUUCCGUUGUUGUUCACUCUGGUAUAUCUUCUGAAAGUGGGCAUUACUAUUCUUAUGCCAGAAACAUCGCAGGCACAGAGUCCUCAUGCCAGAUAUGCCACCAGUCUGAAACUUUGGCAUUAGCAUCAUCCCAGAGUCAUUUACUAGGGAGAAAUAGUCCCAGUGCAGUUAUUGAACAGAAUUUAGAAAAUAAGGAAAUGUCCAAAGAAUGGUUUUUAUUUAAUGACAGCAGAGUGACGUUUACUUCAUUUCAGUCAGUCCAGAAAAUUACGAGUAGGUUUCCAAAGGACACAGCUUAUGUCCUUUUGUAUAAAAAACAUAACAGCACCAAUGGUUUAAAUGGUAAUAAUUCAACCAGUGGACUCUGGGUAAAUGGAGACCCACCUCUGCAGAAAGAACUUAUGGAUGCUAUAACAAAAGACAAUAAACUGUAUUUACAGGAGCAAGAGUUGAAUGCUCGAACCCGGGCCCUACAAGCUGCAUCUGCCUCCUGUUCAUUUCGGCCCCAUGGAUCUGAUGACAGUGACCCACCAGGAAGCUGUGGACCAGCUGGUGGGGGGGGUGGAGGGGGGUUCAACACGGUUGGUAGGCUUGUGUUUUGAUCCUGAGUACAGACUGCAGUGCUCACAAAACAUCCAAUAGUAUGACUGUUAAAAUCUCAAGACUGUAGGAAAUAUCUUUUUUCUUUUCGUUAGACCCUUAUAAUUUUAGAAAACACUCAGUGCUUGUUUUUAUUUUCUUGACAAUACAUUUAUUGACAAAAUACAUCAUGGGGAAAAAAUCUACCUCUUAAAAUUCCAUUUGCUUAUAAGGUUAGACAUGCUUGACCAUAAAUUUUUGAAAGAAAAUAGGUACCUAUUCCCUAAUUAAGCUGCAUUAAAUUUAGUAAAGGCACUUAAAAGGUCCUAUCAGUUUUUGCUGAACAAAAAAUAUAGUUCUAAUAUAGUAUAUUAGCAUCUUUUAUAAAAUAAUUGAUGCUAUGGGUGACGGAAAUAUUAUUUAGAAAGAAAGAAAAUCCUUUAUUUCCCAUGUAGUUAACCCAUUAUUAAAUUCAAAUCUCUGAAAAGACUAGAGAUAAUACAGUUUCUAAUGAAGGCAAUAAUGGAAAAUUUAUCAAGCUAUAUAGUAUUUUUCAGAUUUCUUUAGUGCUGUCUUCAGCAUUACUGUAUCUGCGUUUCAAAUACAAAUGUUUUUUAAAAAGGACCGUUUAUACAUAUGUGCUGAAUUGAUUUUAAGAAAGGUGCAUGCUACUGUAAGAGUAACAUUUUACCUAUAAAUUGCUAACUUUGUAGUAUUUCUAAUUGUUUAUGGAUUUUAAAAUUCUAUUUCAGGGAGUAUAUCUUCUGUGUUUUGAAGGAGGUGAGUUCUGUAUGUGCCUUGAAGUACUAUAAUUC